UAGAAAAACGACUAUAAAUAAGAGCAACAGUCAUACCGAUAAUCAACUUUCAGUUCGUCUUGUUAGGAACUCGAAAAAGGCAACUAACAGGAUGAGGGCUGUACUCUGUCUUUUUGUUCUGAUUUCUACUGCAUUAGCAUGCCCAUGCAGUCCACCAGGUGGUUGCAGUUGUGGAGAAAAACCAAAGAUAUGUAAUCCUGCAUGGAAUGUUAGGACAUUUGAUUCACAACAAGCAACCACAGCAAUCCAAGGAGGAUGGUAUUUACAGUUGUUCUCACCAUUUUUAAUAAACGAUGCAAACCCCCUAAAAACUGGAUUAUUUUCACCCCAGUAUCCGACUUCUAACCUCAAAAUAAUGUUUAAUGACACAACUCCUUGUGAUUCGUUUGACUACAAUUCAGACUAUAUUAUGACUGACAUAGCCUACAAUCUAGCCACACAACGAGUUGAAAUAACAAAAUCAUUAUUCAAGGCAGCUUAUGGCAACAAAAGUCCAUGGGCCAUUUUCAAUAUUGGUACAGCAAAAUACUAUGAAAAUCCAAUAGUCGAAAUCAACCCAUUCACAGAUGAUUUAUUAAUCAGACAUGAAAUUGAUACCAUAUACGAAAGAGAAUACACACUUGCUUGCAUUGGAUCUGAUGAGUUGUGGCAAGACUAUUUGAUAUUUGUUCUAAUCAAUCAAUACGAUAACUUCUUUAACAUAUACGACAAACAUGCUGUGUGGGUGUUCACGAGAAGCCCAUCCCCUUCGCCAGCUACCUACAAGAAAGCAUUUGAUGAUCUUAAGAAAAGUGGUAUUAAUCCAUACUACUUAAUGAGCAUGGACCAAUCAGUAGACCUUGCAAGUAUACCAACCGUCAGUAUCGAUGAACUCUAUGGUAUCACAACAGAAACCGUUACAAAAUCAACUCAAGUCACAUCAUCGGAUGGUACUACAUCACAAUCUUCAACCACCACUACAGUGACGACUGUUUCAACCGUUAACUUCGUGCUGAAUCCAAACUACGUUUCUCCAUAUGAAAUCGAUACCUCUCCCUUAACAGGAGACAUCAAAAUCUUAAAGCUGUUAGAUACAGAUGCACUGACCAACAUCUUUAGUAACAAAUAUUAUUUGAAGUCGGCCAUGCCAUGCAGAUAUUACAGCGAAGAUAUUGUUGUUAAAGGCGGUCUUUUGAACACGGCCUUCCCUGCUACUUCAAUUCAAGUCGCUUUCGACUAUACGAACAAGGCACCAUGGGAUUACACUAGUACUCGCUAUAUGAUUGACCGUUCUAUAAAUGCUAUAACUGGUGAAAUUCAAGUAACAAGGAGCAUAAUUUCAUCUUGUUAUGAUGGAUCCCAUCCUUACAACGCCAUCUCAGUGUACACCGAAGGAUAUGGUCCCACACCUAUUGAGGAGGUCACUAUAUUAAACUUAGACGGAUCGGUUAGCAAGUCACCAGGAAGUAUUUACAUCCAACAAUACGUAUUAUGUAUUGCAGGAUACCAAAAAGAUGCCUUCGUAAUCUUCUACCUCGCAAAUAAGUACAACAACUUGUUCAACCCUAACAGUCCAGUCAAUCCAUUGUACGUCUUGACUAAUGACAGAUUCCCAUCUGCCAAAGUCAUCGAAGAUAUCAAUCAAGAAAUCCUUCGCAUUGGAUACGAUUCUCGAUACUUAACAAAUGUUGACCAAACGACCGUAAUCUCCGAUGACUACAUUUUUGAAGAGUCAUUCUUCUAUCCAUCAGUCCCUCGUAGUCUUGUUGGACCCGGACCAGUUACUCCUUUACCUGAUCUCCCAUCAUACUUCCCACCUCAAUAUCAAGUCAAAACUUUUGAAUCCCAACUCGCAACAAAAGCAAUUCAGGGUGGAUGGAAUCUUCAAUUGUACUCACCUACAUCAAUUAACAACGCACAUGCGUUGAAAACUGGACUCUUUUAUCCUCAAUUCCCUUGCUCCAAUCUCAAGAUAAUGUUUAAUGAUACGACUCCUUGUGAUGAGUUUGACUACAAUACAGACUUCAUCUUGACUGACAUAUCUUUCAACCUUAUAACACAACGUGUCGAAACCACAAAAUCAUUGUUCAAGGCAGCCUACGGCAACAAAAGCCCAUACGCGAUUUUCAACGUUGGAACAACUAAAUACUUUGAAACGCCGAUAGUAGAAGUAAAUCCAUUCACGGACGACUUAUUGAUUAGACACACAAUUGACACAACUUAUGAAAGAGAGUACACAAUUGCCUGUAUUGGUGCAGACGACUUAUGGGAAGACUAUUUGAUAUUUGUUUUACUUAACCAAUACGACAACUUCUUCAGCAGCAAUGACAAUCAUAUUAUCUGGAUGUUCACGAGAAGCCCGAAUCCCGGCCCAGCUACCUACAAGAGAGCAUUUGAUGAUCUUAAGAAAAGUGGUAUUAACCCAUACUAUUUAAUGAGCAUGGACCAAUCAGUAGACCUUAUAAGUAUACCAACCGUCAGUAUCGAUGAACUCUAUGGAAUCACAACAGAAACCGUUACAAAAUCAACUCAAGUCACAUCAUCGGAUGGUACUGUUACUACUGAACAAUCUACCCAAGUGACGACUGUGUCUACUAUUGACUUCGUACCGAAUCCUGCUUACAUUUCCCCAUACGAAUUCGAUACCUCUCCACUAUUCGGAGAUAUCAAAAUCUAUAAGGACUUGCAACCAGACGUUUUGACCAACAUCUUUAGUAACAAAUAUUAUUUGAAGUCGACCAUGCCAUGCAGAUAUUACAGCGAAGAUAUUGAUGUUAAAGUCGGUCUUUUGAACACGGCCUUCCCUGCCACUGGAAUCCAAGUCGCUUUUGACUAUACGAAUAAGGCAACAUGGGAUUACACUACCACUCGCUAUAUGAUUGACCGUGCUGUGAAUGCCAUAACUGGUGAAACUCAAGUAACAAGGAGUAUCAUUUCAUCUUGUUAUGAUGGAUCCCAUCCUUACAACACCAUCUCAGUGUUCACCGAAGGAUAUGGUCCCACACCUAUUGAGGAGAUCUCUCCUUUAUCCUUGGAUGGAUCAAUUUGCAAAUCACCAGGAAAGCUUUACACCCAACAAUACAUUAUUAGCGUAGUAGGAUACCAAAAGGACGAUUUCGUUAUCUUAUAUAUCGCAAAUAAAUACAAGAACUUGUUCAACCCUGAUAGUCCAUUCAACCCAUUGUUCGUCUUGACUAAUGAGAGAUUCCCAUCUGCCAAAGUCCUUGAAGAUAUCAACCAAGCAAUUUACCUUUGUGGAUAUGAUUCACGGUACUUGUCCACUGUAGAUCAGACCAUAACCAUUGAUGAAGAUUACGUUUUCGAAAGUUCAUACUUCGAAGUAGAAACAGUAACUACUUCCAGCGCAUGUCAGACAACUGUGACAAAAUCAGUUAAAUCAACACUAAAAACCAUCUGUUAAUUUUUGGCUUUUUGAGUUUGAAAAAUAUUAUUUAAAUACCUUUUUUCUUAAUACUC